CACGCGCACGUCCCGAUGAGCGAGGCCUACAAGAACUUCCUGCCGAAGCCGAAGGAGAAGGAGGGGAGCGCCGCGAAGUCUGCGAGGACCGAGACCGAGGAGCCCGACGCGGCCUCGAAGAGGGACGAGCUGAUUCUCUUGGCGUCCGUGGCGGCGGAGUCGCGGAACCACGCAGCGGCGCUCUACCGGACGUGCCUGGUGCCGGGGGAGGUGGGCGAGGCGUUCUACGACGGGAUGCGCGGGGCGGUGGGCGAGUACGAGAAGAAGGCCCGGGGCCAACGGGGCCACGGGCACGGAGUGCCUUGCCACCACGCGCUGAUUGCCGCAGCGCUCAUCGGGCAGACGCACUUUUCCGCGGAGGAGAUGGGGGCGAAACCGCCCGAGUACCAGAAGAUCGAAGAAUUCCUGACGAAGUACGACGUGCCCAAGAAGCUGGGGAGGGAGGUGCUGGAGUUCAGGGCCUACGAGACGCGCGACAAGGGCCACCGUUUCCGGUUCCGCCUCGUGGAGGGGGGGGAUCCCUUGGUCAAGGCAGUGGUGGAGAUCAUCGUUCGCGUGUGGAUGCAGGCCGGGGGCGAGGAGGUGUUGGGGUCAGCGCCAGCGUCGAGGCGGGAGCGGAAGCUGCAGGCCCGCAUUAAGCGGAUGAAGGAGUGA